GCCGCUAGGUGGCGCAUGCGCCCUGGAGGGUCCGGGCCGGUCUGUGGGAGGAAGGCGGCGGCGGCGGCGGCGGCGGCGGCGGCGGCGGCGGCGGCGGCGGGGAAGGGAAGGGCGGGGGCGCGGAGGGGGCCGGUCCGUGUUUACACAGCGGCGGGAGGGUGCGGACGCGGAACCCGGCGGCGGCGGCGGCGGGGCGGCGGCACGAUGGUCAUGGCGCAUUUCGUCGAGAGCUUCUGGGGGGAAAAAAAUAGUGGCUUUGAUGUUCUCUACCAUAAUAUGAAACAUGGACAAAUAUCAACAAAAGAACUAGCAGAUUUUGUGAGAGAAAGAGCUACAAUAGAAGAAGCAUAUUCCAGAUCAAUGACAAAACUAGCAAAAUCUGCAAGCAAUUAUUCACAGCUUGGAACAUUUGCUCCAGUGUGGGAUGUAUUCAAAACAUCUACAGAGAAAUUAGCAAAUUGCCACUUGGAUCUUGUUAGAAAAUUACAAGAAUUAAUAAAAGAAGUUCAGAAGUAUGGAGAAGAACAAGUAAAAUCUCACAAAAAGACAAAAGAAGAAGUUGCAGGAACUCUAGAAGCUGUUCAAACCAUUCAGAGCAUAACUCAGGCCCUUCAGAAAUCCAAGGAAAUUUACAAUGCCAAGUGUGUAGAACAAGAGCGUCUGAAAAAGGAAGGAGCUACACAGAGAGAAAUAGAAAAGGCAGCUGUUAAAACUAAGAAAGCUACAGAUACCUAUAAACUGUAUGUGGAGAAAUAUGCAUUAGCAAAAGCUGAUUUUGAACAGAAAAUGACAGAAACAGUUCAGAAAUUUCAAGAUAUUGAAGAAACUCACCUCAUUCACAUAAAGGAAAUUAUAGGAUCCUUAUUGAAUGCUAUAAAGGAAAUUCAUUUGCAAAUAGGUCAGGUUCAUGAAGAAUUUAUAAAUAAUAUGGCUAAUACAACCGUUGAAAGUUUGAUACAAAAAUUUGCUGAAUCAAAAGGCACUGGGAAGGAAAGACCUGGUCUUAUUGAAUUUGAAGAAUGUGACCCUACUAGUGCUGUUGAAGGCAUAAAACCAAGGAAAAGAAAGACUUUCGCUUUGCCAGGAAUAAUUAAGAAGGAAAAAGAUGCAGAAUCUGUGGAAUGUCCUGAUGCAGACUCACUUAACAUUCCUGAUGUAGACGAAGAAGGCUAUAGUAUUAAACCAGAAGCAAAUCAGAAUGAUACCAAAGAGAAUCAUUUUUAUUCAUCUAGUGAUUCUGACUCUGAAGAUGAAGAACCAAAGAAGUACCGCAUAGAAAUCAAGCCUAUGCAUCCAAGUAACUCACAUCACACAAUGGCUUCUUUGGAUGAAUUGAAAGUAUCCAUAGGGAAUAUAUCACUCUCCCCAGCAAUACCUAGACACAGUCCAGUACAGAUGAAUCGGAAUUCCUCUAAUGAAGAGUUAACAAAGUCAAAGUCAUCUGCUCCACCCAAUGAAAAAGGGACCAGUGAUUUACUUGCUUGGGACCCACUCUUUGGACCAUCUCUUGAUUCAUCUUCAGCUGCAAUAACGUCUUCAUCAUCAGCCAGGCCCACAACUCCUCUCUCAGUAGGCACCCUUGUCCCACCUCCACGGCCUGCUUCCAGACCAAAACUUACUUCAGGCAAACUCAGUGGGAUUAACGAAAUACCCAGGCCAUUCAGCCCACCUGUAACUUCCAAUACCAGCCCACCCCCUGCUGCUCCCUUAGCCCGGGCAGAAAGUUCUUCCUCUAUCUCAUCUUCUGCUUCAUUGAGUGCUGCCAACACACCAACAAUAGGUGUGUCACGGGGUCCCAGUCCUGUCAGCCUUGGAAAUCAGGAUGCCUUGCCUGUAGCAAUCGCCCUUACAGAAUCUGUUAAUGCCUACUUUAAAGGAGCAGAUCCCAACAAGUGUAUUGUGAAGAUAACUGGUGAUGUGACAAUAUCAUUUCCAAGUGGAAUUAUUAAAGUAUUCACUAGCAAUCCCUCUCCAGCUGUGCUAUGCUUCAGGGUAAAAAACAUCAGCAGACUUGAGCAAAUUCUUCCAAAUGCACAACUUGUGUUCAGUGAUCCGUCACAGUGUGACUCCAACACAAAGGAUUUUUGGAUGAACAUGCAGGCUGUUACUCUCUACCUCAAGAAACUUUCAGAGCAGAAUCCUGCUGCCUCUUAUUAUAAUGUAGAUGUAUUAAAAUAUCAGGUAACAUCAAAUGGCAUCCAGUCCACCCCUCUGAAUCUUGCAACAUACUGGAAAUGUAAUACCAGCACCACAGAUGUAAGGGUGGAUUAUAAGUAUAAUCCAGAGGCUAUGGUGGCGCCCAGUGUGCUUUCCAACAUACAGGUGGUAGUACCAGUGGAUGGCGGAGUCACAAACAUGCAGUCCCUUCCCCCUGCAAUAUGGAAUUCAGAACAAAUGAAAGCCUUUUGGAAAUUAUCUGGUAUUUCUGAAAAAUCAGAAAAUGGAGGUUCUGGGUCCCUGAGAGCAAAAUUUGAGCUUUCAGAAGGACCCAGUAAACCCACAACCCUUGCGGUGCAAUUCCUCAGUGAGGGAAGUACCCUGUCAGGAGCAGACAUUGAACUUGUUGGCACUGGCUACAGGCUUUCCUUAGUAAAGAAGCGAUUUGCCACUGGACGAUACCUAGCGGAUUGUUGAUGGACCUAUGAAAGUGGUUCGCUCCAGGAAAUAGUUCAGACCUGCCAUUCUGCGUUACCUGUUCUUUCCAAACACUAUUCUAAGUUGUAUAAUGCCUUUUAAACUUCAUAUUUGAGAGCUGACUACAACAUUAAAUCGCACUUUCAAAGUGACUCAAUGAAAGAAAUAGCACUGAAAUGGUUUUCUACACAGUAAUGAUCAAAUGCAAUAUUCAAGAAGCACACUCAGAUUCUUAAGUAAAAAUGAAGUUUUUGUAGGCUGAAAUUUUAAGUUGUCUUCAAUGUCUGCUUUAAAGGGGUUAUGGUGUUAAAAAAAUAGGCCUAUAAUUUCAAGAGAGCAAACACAAAAUACGUUAGCUUUCUGUAAAUUUGUAGAGUCAGAUAGCUCUGAAAUUUCUUGAGUUUGCUAUGGGUGGAUAUGAGCUGCAGAUUGUUAAAUUCUGAAUGACGGUCACUCAGAACACUCAAUCAAAUUGAGUUAUGUGCCAUAGGUAAUAAGACCAGAGUCCACGUUGUAUGCAAAAAAUAUAUAUAUAUAUAAUUUGAUUCUCAUCACAUAUUAAUAAAGUGUAAGUGGUAUUUUA